ACCCAGACACGCUGAAUGCCAGAACCAUCUAAUACACCAAAGUCAUGCUCGGCAAGGGGAAUCUGGCCGAGGCCGAGGCCACACUGGUCGAUGUCAUUGCCACGAGCAAAUCCCUCCUGCGGAACGACCACCCCACAAUCCUCACGCGGACAGGCUUCUUGGCAAAAGUGCCUGCGGCUCAGGGGCGGUUCGCAGACGCUAUCUCGCUUGCCGAGCGGGUUUUGGCUGGAUUUGAGAAGAACAAGAGCAAGACCGAGAUAGCCGAAGAGCUGAUACAGAAGAUGAAGGAGUGGUCGCUUGCGGGAGGGAAUAGAAUUCCAGGCGCUUCGGAUCCCCACGAAAACCUGGAUCACGAUUACCGCCCACGCACCCCGAGCGAGAAUGAGCACGCAGAAACAUUCCCGAGUGACAACCGGUUCUCGUUGCCAAUAGGCACGCAUGCGCCAGUCGGUGGUUAAACAACGUCAUGCACUCGGAAGGCCGGCAGCUGGG